UCGUAGAAGAAGAACAAAUAAUAGCAGAAGAAGAAGAAGAAGAGGCGGAAGUCGAGGCUUUUUCAGCUACGUGCAAAAAAGGCGAUGCUAAGCUAGUUGGGGCAAACUAAAAAAACUCAACAACAACAACAAGAAGCAGGAUGCCUGCACAUUGUGCUGCAUACGGUUGUAAAGUACGUCGUACGGCGGAAUCGAAAAAACUGGGAAUAACUUUUCAUAGGUUUCCCAAAGACGAUGACGUAAGAAGGAGGUGGGAAGUGGCUGUGAGGAGAAAGAGUUUUGCUGCUAAAGAGCAGACCGUGUUGUGCAGCAAACAUUUUAAUCCAGAAGACUUUGACAAGACUGGAGGGUUAUGUCGGAUCAGACAAGGAGUUAUUCCAUCAGUGUUUAACUUCUCGCUGCUUUGUGAAACAUCUAAAGGGAAAAGGGUCGCAACAAUCUCAAGGAAACCCAAGGAGUGUCUACCAUUACUAGUGUGUACCACUGAAAAGCCUAAAGCCAAAAGGAGCACAAUUACAUCAAAGAAGGCCGAGGAGAGUCUUCUAUUAAAUAUUUCUCAUCGUGUUAUUGAAAAUGAACAUCAGUCUAAUGUUGACCUUCAGGAGCACAACUAUUCGUUGCCCAGUUGCCCGUCUGCUCUGAAGGUGAGGUUCAUUAAAACGGCAGCUCGGGUGGUAACGCUGGAGAAGGAGAAGAGAAAUGCACAAGUUCGAGAAAGGAGAGCAAAGGCUACCAUCAACGCUCUCCUGCUCGUUCUGACCGAGAAGAAGCUGCUGAACGAGGAACUGUGUGACAAGCUGCAAAUAUAUUUGGAUCUUCCUUUGGAGCUUUUUAAAAAGAGGAAACAAAACGAGUAUUCAGCAGAAGAGAGAGAGUUUGCCAACAAUUUACACCUUCAUGGUCGUAAAGCCUACAAGUUCUUCAGAGACACUCUGAAUCUUCCUCUCCCUCACCCGCGGUCACUUCAAAGGUGGCUCCCUUGUUCGGAGAAUCCUGAGGAAGCCGUCCUGUGAUGCGUGCCAGGGAAACCUUGUUUCUGCUCUAUAAAAAUCAUCGUUCACAAGCGCUACCACCUGAAGAAAAUGGCCUGAAAAAAAACUAUCGGGUUACUGUUUUUUUUAUUGGUGACGUUUAUGUGCUGAGAGCUGCUCAGUGGGCCAUUUGCUGUAAUCCUGGAUGAAGACCACAAGAGUCUGUGGGUACACAUUUUGUCCAAGAAGGACGACAUUGCCACAACGACAAAAGUUUGUUGUACAAAUGUAUAUAUUUUAAAAAAAACCUCUCUUGAUUGCUUUCAAUGUGUAUGUUUUCUUACAAAUAAAGCUGCAUUACAUGUUU